CUUAUCUCAGACAGCACAUCCUCGAGAAAAGCCAAAUCGUGGAAAAAACGAUCGAAAACCCUAGGAGAGAGAAAAAAAUCCAGAAGGAGAUUAAGUUAAAGAGAGUUAUGGCGGAAGCGAGCAUGUCGAAUCCUGGCCGUGGAGGCGGUAGGAGAGGCGGCGGACCAAUGGAUGACGACAAGCUGGUCUUCGAGACUACCGAAGGGAUCGAGCCCAUCACCAGUUUCAAUGAUAUGGGGAUUAAAGAGGAUGUGCUUCGCGGCGUCUACGAGUUCGGUUUCGAGAAGCCAUCUGCGAUUCAGCAGAGAGCGGUGAUGCCGAUUCUCCAAGGGCGCGAUGUUAUUGCUCAAGCUCAGUCCGGUACCGGAAAAACCUCUAUGAUUGCUCUCUCCGUCUGCCAAAUCGUUGACACGUCGACUAGAGAGGUUCAGGCCUUAAUAUUAUCACCAACGAGAGAGCUGGCUUCACAAACAGAGAAGUCGAUACAAGCUAUUGGACUACACGCCAGUAUCCAAGCACAUGCAUGCAUCGGUGGGAAGAGCGUUGGAGAAGACAUCAGGAAGCUGGAGCAUGGUGUCCAUGUUGUGUCUGGGACACCUGGCCGUGUCUGUGAUAUGAUAAAGAGGAGAAGUCUACGUACCAGAGCUAUUAAACUUUUGAUUCUUGAUGAAUCGGAUGAAAUGCUGAGCAGAGGGUUCAAGGACCAAAUCUAUGAUGUUUACAGAUAUCUCCCACCCGAUCUACAGGUCUGCUUGGUUUCUGCAACUCUUCCUCACGAGAUUUUGGAGAUGACAUCCAAGUUUAUGACGGAUCCAGUGAAGAUACUUGUGAAGCGUGAUGAGUUGACUCUGGAAGGCAUUAAACAAUUUUUCGUUGCUGUUGAGAAGGAGGAUUGGAAAUUUGAUACACUCUGUGAUCUUUAUGACACACUUACUAUUACUCAAGCUGUUAUCUUCUGCAACACAAAACGAAAGGUGGAUUGGUUAAGUGAGAAGAUGAGGAGUAAUAACUUUACAGUCUCAUCAAUGCACGGCGACAUGCCUCAGAAGGAGAGAGAUGAGAUCAUGAACCAGUUUCGGUCAGGCGACAGUCGUGUUUUGAUCACGACAGAUGUAUGGGCACGUGGGAUUGAUGUGCAGCAAGUUUCUCUUGUCAUCAAUUAUGAUCUCCCCAACAACCGUGAGCUCUACAUUCAUCGUAUUGGACGGUCUGGUCGUUUCGGGCGUAAGGGUGUUGCGAUCAACUUUGGUAAAAGCGACGACAUCAAGAUCCUCCGGGACAUUGAGCAGUACUACAGUACCCAGAUUGACGAGAUGCCAAUGAAUGUAGCUGAUCUUAUCUAAAAGACCUUGUCUGAGAUUUUUUUUUUUUGUGAUGGUGUUUGUGCUUUUUCAGUGGGAAGUGUCUGAAUGAUGAAGUAUUGUUCAGAGCUUGUGUCAGACAGAUAAUUGCACUAUCUUAUGAAUGCUUCACUCUCCAUUACCUACCCGCUUUGAUGUUUCUUUGGAGCUUUUGAACACUUCAAAUCACUUGUGGUAAAUGUUUAAUGACGAGAAACGAUUUGGUCUUAUUUUUCUCGUAAUUUAUUUUAGGUUUUGAUCGUGUGUUAAAAAAUUUCAGCUAUUAUUACUUGUAAGACUUGUGGGUAGUAAAACAUCGAUUUUGUUUGCAAAAGCAA